CCAUCCCCUCCUCCCGCGGCGGGGUCAUCAUGGCGCUCUGCAACAUCACGCUGCGCGCGUCCAGGUUCAUUCCGUCAAUCUCCAUCGAAACCUCCAUAAAUGCCCGCUCCCCCCCCAACCCUCAAUCUCCUCCAUUCCUCGUUCCCGUUCAUUCCCGAGACCUCCCCCUCUCGCUCGCCCUAAUCUCCUGCUCCUCUCCUCUCUCCGUCUCCCUGAGAACCGCCGUCGCCAACGACUCCCCUCCCCCCCCCGGCGCCGUUCGAUUUCAGGAAACAGGAAAGGAUAUUUGCUGAUGUCUACUGUGGGGAAUUCUACGAAUAUAUUUUGGCAUGAGUGCCCUGUGGGGAAGCAUGAAAGGCAGAAGCUACUUAACCAAAAGGGAUGUGUUGUAUGGAUUACGGGUCUUAGUGGAUCAGGAAAAAGCACAUUGGCAUGCUCAAUCAAUAGAGAACUGCAUUCCAGGGGAAAGCUUUCUUAUGUCCUUGAUGGAGACAACCUUCGCCAUGGAUUAAACAAGAAUCUUGGAUUUAAGGCUGAGGAUCGAGCAGAGAAUAUACGCAGGGUUGGUGAAGUGGCGAAGCUCUUUGCUGAUGCUGGAUUAGUAUGCAUUGCCAGUUUGAUAUCCCCAUAUAGAAGAGACCGGGAUGCUUGCCGUGCAAUGCUGCCUGAUGGAAGUUUUAUCGAGGUAUUCAUGAACAUGCCACUUGCAUUGUGCGAGGCCAGAGAUGCAAAAGGCCUCUACAAGCUUGCACGUGCUGGAAAGAUUAAAGGUUUUACAGGAAUUGAUGAUCCAUAUGAACCACCUUUGAAAUGUGAGAUAGAAUUAAGUCAGAGGGACGGCAUUUGCCCUACACCAGGUGCCAUGGCCGGUAAGGUGGUAUCAUAUCUGGACGAGAAAGGUUUCCUGGAAACCAAAUGAUCGAGCGCUUCAUGUUCAGGAAAUGUAACUACCAUAUUCUUCUGAUAUUCCUGCUCUCGAAUGUGGGGUUUUAGUUCAAGCAUAGAUCCUUAAGGUCCAUUUGGCAUUGGCAUAUCCUGGGUAUUUGGAUGACUUUUGGUGCCAAUGACCACUUCUCGGAUACAAGAAAUGAUAAAGGCUGCAUAUUGCUGUUUUGUUUUUUCCUUUUUCAAUGAUAUGAUGACAAGUUGGAAAUGAAUCUCUUGUUCAUCCUGAUAUAGACCAUGUUCAAAGUCGAAAAGUGUCCACACAAGUGUAAACAUGUAUCCCGCUUGACGAUAGAAAUUCUCUAAUCGAAAGGAUCUUAUGAUAAAACUUUUUGCAA